AUGAAUUUGAACUUUUUGCUACAAUUAGCAAAUGUGCUUUUAGUCGCAAAACUGGCAAGAUCUGAGAGCACAUCGGAAUGUCGCAAAAUAGAUGAUAACAAGUUCCCAAACUGCGUAACUCAUGGCUUCACAAUGACAAGCGAACAUCUCGCAAGUAACUUCUACAGCGAGACUUAUUCAAAGGUAAUCAACAACAUGACAGCGAAGCUCAACGGUUGUUCAAAAUACACCAGCUAUGUCCUCUGCUCACUCUACGUACCACGAUGUAAAGAAAACAUGCUUGGUCCUUUGCUUCCAUGCCGUGAGGUGUGCGUGGAGUUUGCUCGCGGAUGCUCCAAUCAAAUGAAUUCCAAUGGCUUAAAUUGGUUAAAGCCUCUGUGUAGCUUGCUACCUAUAAAGAGGAAAAGUGCUACUUGUUUUAUACCACCGGAUUUUAAACCUCUGAAGAAGCCUCUUUCAAGUACGUAUGUAUGUUGCUUAAUUAUGUAUCAAGUAGAGACGGUCACUCAACGGAAAAAAACAGGUGACCGUAAAGGUGUUCGAAAUUAAGCCCGUGAUAAUCCGCAAAUUGAAGUAAAUAGACAGUGAAAUUGAGCGGAAGAAUUCUAUUUUAUUAUUCAACAGCUAUUGAAUAGUUGCGCUGUUUCUAGCUCACAAACCAGUCAAUUUUGCUUGGUUAACUGAAAGUUUCAUUGUAUCAUUUUCAAAAUUACUGAAACUUUGAUUUUGAAUGCACGCAUCACGGCAAACACAAAACAGCUUUCCGGGCUCGAAAAAUUCCUUUUUUUUUUUCGAGAAACAUGCCCCAGCUCCGUUUAUUAGUCACACCGACUGCCCAAGGAAGAAAUUUCGAAUUUCGAAGACUUUGCUUGAGAGGUACUCAGUUUUGCUGAGUUAUGAUUUGAUAGAGAGGUUUUCGUUUGAGUGUCGUAAAACCAAAACCAAAGUAAUUACUCUGGCCAAUCACAUAGGACACAGACAAUACACUGAACCAAUCAAAACUCGAAGUAAUUACAUGUGGCUGACGCAAAGCGCGGGAAAAUCGUGCGAGCGCGUCACAAUUGGCUUUGGUUUUACUUCUGAUUGGAUGAAAAGGUGGCGCGAAUCUUUUAUGCCAAUCGCAUCGUGUAGAAAGUGCAAAACCAAUUACUUUUCGACACUCAAAUGAAAACCGCUCUAUUGAUGUUGUCGGUUUCGUUAUUACUUAACAGGCCUUCAAUGCAGGGAAACGGUGUCAAAUGAGAAUUGUCAGAAAGAGGAAUGUAAAAGAACAUUUAUAUCAAGGAAAAGGCAAACACAACUCCAAGACAAACUGACGACAUUAAUUAACAAACUGACCAGCAGCGUGUUUAGCGACUCCUGUAAAGAGACUUUAAACAAACUGGCGUGUGCAUCGUAUACACCGCCGUGCGAUGGGACUAAGAUAAAAACAUUGUGUAAACACAGAUGCUCGUUGCUAUUUGACGACUGCCCGGAGGCUUUCAACUUCAUUGAAGUAAGCAGCUAUUGUGCUGAGUCUGCUCAAGGUGACACGACCAGCGGUUUCUGUGAGUUGACGAGGUGGCCAAGUGCGAGGCAUUGGGAUAAAGGUUCGUGCGCCUCUCUUCAAAUCUCAGUGUACUUUUAGUCCUUACUAAUAUUCGCUGUACUUAUAAUGACUGCCAGCCUAGUCUCCAGGCGUUCUCUCUUGCCCCGUUGUCCGCGUGAAUUCUGGGAACUGAGCGGGCUAGACUCGGUGACGUCACAGCUCACGGUAGAGUACAGGAUUGACCGAGCCGAGAACUCCUAGGGACUAGGCUGAAUGACUGCUAAAAUACUGGCGUCUGUCGGUUUUUCUGUCUUACUUUCACCGUUUUUGUUUUCCUUUUUAGUUUGUUGUUUUGCCAGGAGUCCAUUGAAAAAACCACGCGUAGUCCCUAAGUUUCCUCAGGGUCAGUGGAAUCAAGUAAAAUACGCGAGCGCGCGCGAGAAUCGCCACAUGCGUGUCGCCUCUCCACGUGGUAGAGGGGCGAGGAAAUAAGGUGCCAUCUCUAAAUAGACUAGAGAUAGUGAAGAGGUCCAUUAUUUCUGAGCUAUCUUGAUGAAAUGAAAAAAUGUUUCUAUUUCUCUUUCCAGGAAAGCGUCUGCACACAGUCAGACCAACGUCCUUCCCAGCAGGCCUCAUUGCUGCCCUCGUUUUGGUGCCACUAUCUGUAUUCUGCUUCAUAUACUUAGCCGUAGUACUGCGCAGGCGCUAUGAGCAGAAGAGAAGUGGUAACGUCCAAGAGCUGUUAACGUACACUGAGCUGCAAACAGAGACAGCUGACUCGGACAAGAAAUUAGCACUCAUAAUGAUCCGGCCAGGAACUAAAUAG